UCUACUAAUCUAGUUUCUAUAGCAACAGACAACACAGCUGUAAAGCAUCAAGCUCUUCAACUUGCUCAGAUACUAAUUAGUUUGGAUGGGUCGUUAAUGUGAAUUUAAUAUUUAAUUUGUUGGACUGUUCAUGUGUGAAUUCACAACGGGGAUCGUUUUGUUUCUUGACUGCCAGUUUAAAUUCGUUUUCGCUAGCCGAAAAAAUUAAACACAGCAUUAGGCUAGCUUGAAACUGCUGGAGCUGACACUAGCUGACGAGACGUACGUUUAGACAAAACUAUCGCCAUUUGGAUUGAAAAUGUCGUCCACCGGCACCCCGGGAGAUGUUCUCCAGCAGGUCAACCAGUUGUGGUUCAUGUUGGACGACCUUUGCCAAAACGACCCAGAAGCUUACCGCAGCUUCGUGGAGAAACAGGUGAAAUCCGGCAUUGAGUACAACGCGCCGCCUCAGCUCGACUCGUGUAUUCGCACCGACAUGUUGGAACCACCGGGAGGCGUGUUUUACAUUAACAUAUGCAGCUGGAAGCGUGUACCAGCAUCCCAAGAUCCCAGCAAGCCGUUACCCGUGUACGCUGGAAGCCUGGAAGCACACACAGAUGAAGGUGCUUACACUGUCCUGGACAUCGCAUUUAAUCCCGAGGUUCUGCAUGACUGUAAGAAAGACAAGUCAGAGAUGGAUCAAAUCUACUUGCUGGCUCUGAGCUUCGCCCAGCAGCAGCAUGGGCUGAAGUUGUCUCAGCAGUAUAAUGUCGUUCGCUUUUGCCCCAAAAAUGGCCCGGAGGACUUGCGUCGCCGCCUUGGCUUCCACCAGCUGCAGCAGCACCGACUGAAUGCAGACAAAGAGAUGCAUGCCGAAAGGCAGAGCCCAGACUCCUUCUUGCAGCGGAUCAACUCUCUGCGGCUGGCCAAAGACGACACAGGGCCGCCAGCUGAUAUUGUCCAUCGACCCGCCGUGCGCAAGAAGGGCUUGAUCGAGGUAAUAUCCUCCACCACUGUUGAGGAGCCCAAAAAGCCCGAAUACCGACUAGAGGUGAUGGACCACGCCGAGGGAUUUCCCAGCAAGAUGAAGCUGACUGUGGAGCUUCCCAAGAUAAGCUCCAUGUCGGAGUGGCAGCUCAAGAUGUCCAAGGAUGAUGUCUUGUUAGAGGUUGAGGACAUCUACUUCUUGCUUCUGGACUUGCCCAAGGCUGUCAAUGAAAACACCGCGGUUGCCAUCUUUAAUAAGCGGAGUAGAAGGCUUACGGUAACGGUGGAUGUUUUAUGACAUCUCCGGACUGGGAAAGAUUAACUUGAAAGUCCAAGUAAAAUAACGAAAAUGCACCUAGGUAACUUCUCUGAUGGAAAAUAAAGUUGUAGUAACCUGCCA